AUGGUCGUAAUCAAGGCGAUUGGACAUAGAAACACUGCCGAGCUAGCCCAACAUCUCAACGGCAAAAGACCGCAUCCACCACGAAACUUCGUUCCCGAACUGAUCGAAGGAGCCCAAGUCAAGCCAUGCACCGGCUGGAUGAACUUCACAAAGCCACCUACAAACGGCUGGUGGGCAGACAGACAAAUCUGCCAAUGCCCACCCUGCUACUUCUACAACCUUACCGAUCAGAUCAACAGCGGUAUCUUGCCCUUUUCUGUUGCUGUUCCACUGGCUCAACUCAUCAAUGUCGGAUUGAUCAGACUCAACUUCCACCAUGCUGAACACAAUGAUGUGUUUACUGCUGAGGACAGAGAUUAUGCUCUGUCUCUACACCGCGAUAUCUGCUAUGGCAUCAACUCGGGCCAGCUGCCCCUUCAGCUGCUCGAGAUUCUGUUGGUUGCUUCUCGCAAAGCUGUGCUCAAGCCAUUGGAUCCUCAAGACCUAGAGUACCACCACAAAGAGUUUGAGAUGUGUCUCAAGCGCGCCAUUAGAAGAUGCAGAGAAGAUAGCAGUAAUGGCCAUAGCUAUGCAGACGACGAAGAGCAAACUCAGGAGGGUGCUCAUCAAGAAGACGACGACGACCAAGACUCAGGCGCUUUGGCGUCAGAAGAAGCUGCUUGUGAGAUCGUCGAAGAUGACGAUUCUGACAAAGAGACACCCGGGUACCUUACCAUACAACCUGCCUUUGAUAAUCCCGACGCGACACCCCACCAUGGAAGAAGACCCCUCGCCUAUCACAAAGCUGUCUUGAAGGAGGAGAUGCUAGCCCGAAGACUCCGACAAGCAGGAGAUCUCCGCAGAAUCUCCCAGUCUCGCGAGCAACUCGUGAAAAAGUUCACCAAUCCAUUUAGCAGGUCGGGCGUCAUGGCCGCAGUCGAGGACGAGACCAGGGGUGUCGACAGAAUGGCACUCUGCCACACCAAGGAGGCCCUUCGCGCCUUCGAGGUUGUGCCGGAAGGCACUGUGGUUACCGUCAAGGAGCCAUUUUAUCAUAUGGAGGACGACGGCCGCUACGUUCUUCGGGUCGAUCACCCGUCCGACAUGGUGGUCCUGGGCCAAGACCACAAGCUGUAUCCCGAGCAAUGGAGGGAUCCUACANCCCGUGGCCUUGCUCGCCUGGACCCGGGUGUCGACGGUGGUAUGCGGGACCUGAUGCGCGACCUUUAUUGCAGCCGCUCGCUGACUGAUGUCCGUCUGAACCGCUAUGAUGCCACGAUCCUAGAUGCUUUCUUGUCGACGACAGACGGCAGGGACGAAACAUCUAAAGCCAAAGACGUAGAAGCCUGGUUCCGUCGCGGUCGUGCUAACUAUCAGCUUGGCCACUACGCUGACGCCCUCAAGGCUUUUGAGCGUAUGCUCAUUCUUGCACCACUGGACCUGGAUAGCCAAGAGGAGCUCAAAAAGACGAGAAUGCGUCUCUUUGAGCAGCAGAAAGGAGCAUACGACUUCAGGGAACUGAUCGACGAAGUCACAAAGAAUGGCUUCUAUGCCGACCGCGCCAGCUUCAUUUCGAGAACCGAAGUGCGCCAGACGCAAGAUCGCGGCUGUGGACUAUUCGCUACCAAGGACAUCCGCAUGAGCGACUUGAUUCUGUGCGAAAAGGCUUUCAUGGCCGCACAUCCCGAUGAUCGCACACCGAAGUCGACUUUGCCAGUAUGGCUUGACAGCGUCCAAAAGGUGAUCGAUAACCCAUCACAGAGCAAAAACCUUCUCGGUCUAUACGCAGGGCAACCAACUACCUCGCCCGUCUCUACUCCGAUCAUCGAUGGCAAUCCUGUGGUCGACACUUUCAAGGUCUCCAAGAUUCUCGACCUGAACGGUUUCAGUUACACUGUCGGUCGUGAAUCGCAGGCGUGCGGCACCUCGGCAAUGAUGACCAAGACAAGUCUUAAAUCAACUGGCUUGUGGAUACACAUCGCCAACGCCAAUCACGCUUGCUUGGCAGAUGCUGUGAGAAGUUUCGUUGGUGGUAUGAUCAUUCUCAGAGCCGCCAAAGACAUCAACAAAGGCGAAGAGAUCACCAUCUCCUAUCAAAGACCAGCACCUCUUCUGGGAGACCGACAGAAGGUUCUCUUCGGUUCUUGGGGCUUUCAUUGCAAUUGUCUUCUCUGCACAUCAGAGGCGAGCUUCGGGGUCAGAAUGCAGACUCUCGCUGAGCAUAUCGAGACUUCCAUGGCAUUCAUGGGAGACAGGGCGUUGACCGAUAUCCUUGCUGGCGAUGCAGAACUGGUUGCAAUGGCCGAGAUUGUGGCGGAGGACCUCGAAGAAGUCUAUGCUGAUAACUUGAUGCGCCGCCUGCCAUGCUUGGGAAUGGCUGAUGUCUGGCAGUGGCUUUCUCAGACAUACUGCCAGAAACGCAACAGAAGCCAGCUCAAGCGCAGUGCCACUAACACCCUUCAGAGCUACGGCUACUGGAUCACUGUGCAAAGCUCCCACGUGAGCAUGGACGUUACUCAUGGUAUUCCCACGGUUGGAGUUGUGGACGCCUUGAUGUAUCUGUCUGGUGUGACCGAAGGAGAGCAGAAGAUUGAACUCAGCCAAGAGUUCAAGGCCUGGGCUAGGAAGGUGUACGAGAUCGUAAACGGAAACAUGAUGGGCUUCGAAUUGAAGUACUGA